AUGUACAAAGUAACAUUCUCUCACAUAAAGUUAUGUAAAACGUCAAGUUUGUGGGUGCCCUAUCAACUAUUUAAGAAACCUCUUACAUUUGGAAUAUCCCUAAAAUAUGUCACUCAAAGCAAUGCCAAAUCUUCAACUCCUAUUGUAACACAUAUAUCAGAUGAAAAUGGACCUAGUUUGCAGCCUCAUAAACCAAAAAAUGUACCUUCAUGGAGACCUACUCCUUCCACAGAUAGAUCCAACAUUAUCAAACAUUACUUGAAGUUGUCUAAAAUACGCCUAACAACAAUGGUAGUGAUAACUUCAAUGGCUGGAUAUGCAGUAGCUCCUGCCCCCUUUGAGUGGACAACUUUUGCCAUGUGCUCCUUAGGGACAGGCCUAUUGUCAGCAGCAGCAAAUUCUGUCAAUCAAUUCCAUGAAGUUCCAUUUGAUGCCCAAAUGUCAAGAACAAAGAACAGAAUAAUUGUUUGUGGAAGACUAACGCCACUGCAAUCCAUGGUGUUUGCAAGUAUGACAAGUUUAAGUGGUGUGGGAAUUCUUUAUUUUGGAGUGAAUGGUCUCACUGCAAGUUUGGGUCUUGCUAAUUUGAUUUUGUACACUUCCAUUUACACUCCUAUGAAGAGAAUGAGCAUUUUGAAUACAUGGGUUGGUUCCAUUGUGGGCGCCAUGCCGCCCCUGAUGGGCUGGGCAGCCUGCACGGGCAGCCUGAUCUCCCCGGGCGCCUGGCUAAUGGCCGCUCUGCUCUACAGCUGGCAAUUCCCCCACUUCAACGCGCUCUCGUGGAACCUGCGGCCGGACUAUUCCAGGGCGGGCUACCGCAUGAUGGCAGUCACUGAGCCCGCCCUGUGUAGAAGGGUGGCCCUGAGACAUGCGGUGGCGUUGCAGGGGAUUUCCAUGGCCGCCCCGAUCACCGGUACCACCACGUGGUGGUUUUUGUUGGGAGCAACGCCACUUAAUCUCUAUUUUAUUUAUUUGGCCUAUCAGUUUUACAAGGAUUCGUCCAGUGCAUCGUCACGGAAAUUGUUCAGGUUCUCCCUGAUUCAUUUACCCUUGAUAAUGAUUUUGUUCCUAGUCAAUAAAAAAAAGUGGUUCAUCUUUGAGAAAGAAAACAAUCAUGACGAUCAACCAGACCAUAAGAAAACUGAUGAUCGAUGA